AACACACGUUUGAUGGAGAGAAUUUGUCAAUAAAUACCAGUGAAAUUAGUCAGUUUUUGAUCGACACUGUGGGCUACAAGUCUGUUCAUCCGAUUUGUUGAGACGUUCUGUGGAUAUUUACCAAGGAUAUUUAAGUCGUUGUUGGGGAAUUGUCAUCGGAGGGGAGAGUAGUCAAGAACCAAAGCUGCUACCAUUAUGGGUCGACUCAAGAAUUUUUUCUUUGGUUCGUCUCACGGACACCAUAAGUACAGCAAGAAUCCACCACAGCAGACUGCAACAGAUUCACCAUCGACUAGUGCUGAGGCUGAGCCUUCAUCCUCAUCUCAAUCUCAAUCUCCCGCGACUACUAGUCCCCCUACUAAACACAACAGUCGUCUCCGUCGCUCCCUUAGUAUGAAGAAACUAAGGAGUAGUUUCCGUCGGAAGGACCACGCCCAUGUUCCGGCAGCCAGUAAACCUCACCAAUGGCAGCAAGAUGAGAAGUCGGUCAGGGCGGGGUCAUGUAACUUUGCCGUCAAGUAUCUGGGCUCCAUUGAAGUGACUGAAUCUAGAGGGAUGCACAUUUGUGAAGACGCAGCCAAACAACUUAGAUCGAGCGCAAAGAAGAAGGUCCGAGCUAUAUUAUGGGUGUCGUCGGACGGACUGAGAGUGGUUGAUGAAGACAAUAAGGGAUUGAUUGUGGACCAAACUAUUGAGAAGGUUUCUUUCUGUGCGCCGGAUAGACACAACGAUAAAGGCUUCUCCUAUAUCUGCCGAGAUGGAACGACCAGACGAUGGCUGUGUCAUUGUUUUCAUUCUUUACGUGAGCCUGGGGAGCGACUCAGUCAUGCCGUGGGAUGUGCCUUUGCCGCCUGCCUGGAGCGUAAGCAACAGAGAGACAAACUGUGUGGCGUCAAGGUGGAGUUUGACGUAAACAAGACGAGCUUCACGCGGCAGGGAUCAUUCCGUCAGGCUACGAUGACGGAGCAAAUGGAAGCAGCGGCAGCGGAAGAAGCGGAGGGAGAAGGGGAGAAAGAGAAUCAAGAGUUUCCAGUUGAGAAGCCUGCUUUACCAUAUGCCAUGCCACGGCGGCAUGCCACUGAUGCCAUGUUAGCGCGUCAGGGAUCCUUUCGCGGGUUUCCAGGUCUACAUACGCAGUCUCCGUUCAAGCGGCAACUCUCGCUGCGCCUGAAUGACUUACCGUCUACGCUACAAAGACAACAACAGGUCCUGCAGACACACACAGAGAUUCCUUUUGAAGAGGAAGUAAUUGAAAGUCAGCGGAAUACAUCAAAAGCUUCCCCUGCAAGUCCGAAUCCGCCACAUUCAUUCCAGCAGCAGCAACAGCAGCAGCUUCCUCCAUCUCAACAACAGCAGCAGCAACAACCAUUCCGUACUCAACAGCAAGCUGUGCAGCCGGCUCAGCCUAUCAGCAUAUCCGCAGCCUGCCAGGAGCUAUCAGAAGGCCUGUUUGAGUUGUCCAGCAAGGAGUCGUAUGCCCGGUCAGCAGCAGCAGCAGCAGCAGCAGCUCAGCAACCGCAUACCAUCAUGCCGCCGGCGGCAGUACCAAUGGCCGCCGCUGUACCACAACCAGUACAAGCGUCACAGCAUCAUGUGCCUCAUCACUCCAUGCAGACUCAUCAGCCGAUGGCUACACAUCAACCAGUGGUCACUCAGCAACCAAUGGCUUCUCAACAAGUACUGACCCAACCGAUGCAUCCUUCAGUGAGUCCAAUCAGGCAGACCAAUCCCUGGGCACCACCACCACAACCUCAACCCCCAGCCCGGUCUGGUCAACAAGCCGGUCUGAACCCCUGGGAUCCAGCCCCAGCACCACAAGCAACCGGCCCUAAUGGUAUAUCACAGGCAGAGAAAUGGCUGACCCAGACAUCAAACACAGUGGUUACAAAGCCCUACCCGUCGCCCCAAGGGUCUAUACUUGGCCCAGGUGGAGAAACAACCGUGCAGAAUAUGCAGAUGCAGAACGGCUUCAACAACGUCAGUCACCAACAGAUGCAGAUACAGAACAUGACGUACCAAGCGCAGCCCGUGGCCGGCAGGGCGCCAGCAGCUAAUUAUAACAACAGUGCCACAGCGCCUAUUUAUAUAUCGCAUCCGCAGCAGCCUGCAGGAGUUUCAGCAGGCAACAUGGGAAUAAGCGGAGCCUGGACUUCCGAUCUGUCCAGAACUUUGCCUGAUUCGACUACACAAGGGAACACCAAUGGGUAUUCCAGCUCCUUCGAGGCCAAGUGGGAAGCGUUGCCAAGUAACCAAAGCACAGUAGUAGCCAACAAUCCCUUUGUCAAUGUGACCAAGGCAUUUGAGAUAGAUCUAUGAGAGAGCUUUGGGGUUGCUGUUUUUUCUCCUCAUCCUGUUAGACUCCAGAGUUUUGAAAUCGUUUACUGCCUCAGAUCCAAGUGAUAUUUUUAAAGAGCUCCUCUACAUGUAGACAGCUUAAGUGUAUUCCCAUUUUUGUUCAAUUAUUUUUUUUUUCCCGUUAGCUUAAUUACCCUGAAUGUUGAACAUUUCAGGGUUUUUUGGUGGUGGGAUGCUAUAUUUGUGAAAGUAUCACACAAAUUUAUUUAAAAAACUGUUGCAUUUAAUGUUGUGUUAAAUGUUCCUUGAUGUGAUUUUUAUAUUUCGACAACUGACCAAUCAGAUGCAGGUCAGUCAGAGCCAGCCCAGCACCAGGGAAAUCUACAGAGGUUUUUUCUAUUCAGCUGUGAAAUCUAUAAGCCAUUUUGAGGUAUGGUUGACACAGCACUAUGAUACUAUCAUGACUAUUAGGUUUGGGUAAAUUUGUCUGUGGACACUCAAACGAGUGCCAUACUAUAGCGUCCUCCACCCCUCAAAAAAAGCUACUUGAAGUCUUUGUAUCAAUAUUAUCCCAAUGUGCAUGCACUUUGGCCUCAAAACCUAGAAGCAAAUAGACCGAUACAUUAUGCUCUGGCUCGUAACACAGUCACACCUAAGAAUGUGCUAAUGUCUGACGUAUGUGAAAAUCAAAUUAGAAUGCUGCCACCAUUUCAAUUUCUGUGUGUGGCGUGAUGCUUUGGCUGGGUUGUGGAGGAUAGGUGCACCAUCCAUGUAAAAGCAUCAUUGAUAGACAGUUUCUUAAAGGGAGGGUAUACCUUUGGUAAUUACUCCAAAAUGUAUUGACCAGAAUAACUUACUGGGUUAGAUGCAAUGCAGCGGUUUUGGAGAAGUGAUUCAAGAAAAAUUUUAAUCUGAGAAACCUUUCAUGCUUGAAAUGUUUCUCAGAUUGUGUGUUUCAAUUACCGAUUAUCCUUCCUGCUUGGACCUAACCUCUCCAGAUUUUUAGCGACAUCUCAAACACACCUUUUGAAUAGGAAAUUUUCACAGAUUAGUUUUAUUGUAUAUAUUUACAUUUAUAUAGGAUCAAAACAAUGGCAUGGCUACAAAAACAAAAGGUGUACUUUGUGUUGUAAGGCCGGACUUAAUGGAUCGGUCUUCAACUUCAUUAAAGUGAAUAAGUUUGUGACCAAAAAUGAUUGUGAAACAUUACAAAGCUUUUUUACCUUCUUCGUUGUCCUUGCUGAUUCCACAAAUAAUCGGAAAACAACUUCAGCCUGACUUUAAAAUUAGAGAGGAGUCAUCAUGCAGAGAUCACCAAAUGUGUAGAUAAAUAAACAAUUGAAAUAUAAAAGUAGCAUACUGUAUAUUUUAGGUAUGUUGGUGAUUGGGCGUAACAAGUAUUUUUUAUUUUAUUAACCUACAGAAAUACAACAAUCAGUACGCUCAAAGUUGACUAUGAGACCAUAAAUUUCUGUGAUUAUUAAAUAAAAUUUCCAAAAAAAGUGUGAGUUUUGAAGUACUGCACUGACACAUUUCACAGAGCAGUUUCUUUUUAUACAUAAUGUAUUAUCAGAUUCCUAUUAUAAAGUGUUGUUAUUACAUGUAUAGCAAAUGUGAUGGGUCUUUUUAUUUUACAGGUACUGAAUGUAGUUAUAUAUUUUGUGUUUUGAAUAAUGUGAAUAAGCUAUGUUUGGGUUAAUUGUGUGAUUACUCUCUUAACAUUGACCACAGGAAUCAGAAACCUGAUUUGGGCAGGAUGUGGAAAUUAAACAUGGCGCUGUUUUAUUUGGAGGUUUUCCAAGGUUCAACCUUGCGUUACCUUGAGUUAACGCUUGUUUAAUUCUGCAGUUUGCCCCUUAUCUGAAUGUUUUUGUGACUUUACGUAAUGGAAUUUCUCAACCUUCCCAAUUUUGGACCUGAAUUUCGCGCUUCCAUCAUGUUUAUUUCUUGUGUUGGGAGGGAAUUUUUGCUUGUGCACAUGCAUACUCCAUGCUUCUAGGCAUUCUUUGCUAUAAACAGCUAGUGCUGAUAUUUCGCGCUUUCAUCGUCAACGAAGAAUGGUAAUCGUAAGUUCAGACUUCUGCGGUAUCAGAACCAUUAACUUGUGCCCAGGUGAGCUUGCACUGACCCAUAGGACGCCUAAAUGCACACUGCACAGUAUAUCACACAUGGAAACAGACUCCCAAAAUUGGCCAUCAAAGACUUAUUGCGAUGAUGAAGACAGGUUGGGUCAAUAGAUGAGCGUCCAACAUGCCUCAAUCCUGAAGAUGGUUUCAAAGGACUCCGGAGGGGGGGGGGGGGGAGAUCUUGGAAAAUCUCAACAUACGCAGUCACAAAUUUAUUCAGGAACUCAGAUUUUUAAAUUUCUGUCUUCUCUGUAAUUUGAGUCGCCCUAAAUAGCUCUAAUUAAAAAGCCAUGUCAAAUAUCUGACGGGUGUCCGUUUUAGUUCAGCAAUUUCGGCGCUAAUUGUUUGUGUUGGAUUAUUCAUGAAUGGAACUGUAAAUACAAAAGUUAUAUUUUAACCUUGAACUAUACAUUGACACAAUAAGUACUAGUAUGAAUAGAUGUUUGUUAGACUAUAUGUAAUUAUGUUGGGUUGGUAAACUGAAGUAAUAUCUACAUUACCGGUAAGCUCACCCUAGACCAGUUUUUUUACCAGUUCUUGACAGACUUGCUAAA